GCUAGUAGGUGUCAGCACUGCGAGGAAGAGACACACACCGCGCUGAAGUUACAUGUUUCGGUUUCUGUCAUCAGCGUUUCUUUUUAGUUAUCUGCCUCUCGGUGAUAGACGAAUGAGCUCAUCUACACCUUUAUCAGAUUUCCUCCUGAGUAACACAAAAGUGAGAAGCUCCAGUCGGAGGAAUGCAGUUUAGCAACGACACCUGCGUCCGAAACUGAGCCGAAAAAACAAAGACACUAGCUUUUUGUCAGGAUGGACAGCGUAAAUGUUGCACGUCUUUCAUCAAACUUUAGGCCGGCUGUCGGAGGAGUUUCACCCUAUGAAACUGUUGGGAAAGCUCCGCUCCAGGCGCCCGUGAAGAAACAAGCCGUGAAGAGACACCACCAUAAACACAACCUGAAGCACAGGUACGAGUUUCUGGAGACUCUCGGCAAAGGCACAUAUGGCAAAGUGAAGAAAGCCAAGGAAAGAUCCGGUAGACUGGUCGCCAUAAAGUCCAUCAGAAAAGAGAAGAUCAAGGAUGAGCAAGACCUGGUUCACAUUCGCAGAGAGAUUGAGAUCAUGUCCUCUCUCUGUCACCCACACAUCAUCACCAUAUAUGAAGUAUUUGAAAACAAGGACAAAAUCGUGAUUGUGAUGGAGUAUGCCAGCCGCGGGGACCUGUACGACUACAUCUGUGACAAGAGGAACAUCUCUGAACGGGAAGCCAGGCACUUCUUCAGGCAAAUUGUAUCAGCUGUGCACUACUGCCAUCAGAAUGGAAUAGUACACCGGGACCUGAAACUGGAGAAUAUUUUACUAGAUGGCAAUGGCAAUGUGAAGAUUGCAGACUUUGGCCUGUCGAACCUUUACCACGGUGACGAGUAUCUUCAAACGUUUUGUGGCAGCCCUCUGUAUGCUUCCCCAGAGAUUGUAAAUGGACGGCCAUACCGAGGACCAGAGGUGGACACGUGGUCCCUUGGGGUGCUGCUGUAUACUAUGGUUCAUGGCACCAUGCCUUUUGACGGAAACAACCACAAACAUCUGGUCCAGCAGAUUAGCACUGGAAACUACCGGAAACCCAACAACCCCUCUGAUGCAUGUGGGCUUAUUCGUUGGAUGCUGAUGGUAAAUCCUGAGCGCAGAGCUACAAUAGAAGAGAUUGCGGGACACUGGUGGCUUAACUGGGGCUACCAGCAACCGUUACUGGCUGAGACAAAGAGCAGUCCAGUAGAGCAGACCUCCUCACCAGCCUCUCCAACAACAACUCACCCUGCAGGGCUGGCCAGCGUUGCUAGUUGGCUGCGCCGUACAUCGAGACCUUUACUGGAGAACGGCUCCAAGAUGCGCUGCCUGCUCCGCUCACAGGGCGGUGGUGGGGAAGUGGUGCGGCAGCGUUCUCUGCGAAGGUCGCGUAAGGAGAACAAUGUCUCCCAGACCAUUCAUGAAGGAAACACAGACACUCGACCUUCCAAAGGUAUUCUAAAGAGACGCAACAGCGUGAAGCAGAAGGUAAUAAGUGAAACCCCAGCUGGAAGUUCAGUGGAACCACAGAAGAUCUUGGGUUUGACAACACCAGCCAACGCCACCUCAGCUGCGUUGGUGCCUCGGAAAGGUAUCCUAAAGAAGCCCACGGAGCAAGAGUCGGGGUACUACUCCUCCUCUCCUGAAAACAGUGACUCUGGCUGGGUCCCACAAACUAAAGAGUGCCCUUCAGCACCAACCUACAGGAAAGGCAUCCUGAAGCGCAAUGGGAAGUUCUCCUCAGGUGGGUUACAGGAGUUUGGCUCUCUUGACCAGCUGGCAGCUUCUUUGCCCCGCAGUAACACCAGGUCGAGACCAAGUGGGGCCAUCAGCGAGGACAGCAUUCUGUCUUCAGAGUCCUUUGACCAGCUGGAUCUACCAGAUCGUGUAGGACCUCCUACACAAAUGGAUAAACCAGCCAAGGCUAGCAUGAGAGGAUGCGUGUCUGCUGACAACCUGCUGGACAUCCAAGAAGACGGGAUCCUUAGAGAUGGGUUGCUGAGACCCUGGAACUGCUACGAGUCUGGAGUGGCUGACAGUGCCUUUUCUAUCACAGACUGCGAUAAUGUAACAGAGGCCUACAAACAGGCCCUGAUUAUACGAGGCUCUGCCGCAAGCUGAAGACCAGCGAUUAGUUAAGGACACUGCAUAAUGAACAGUUUUUUCAAUGAGAAACUUAAAAUGAUUGUAGAAUUUUGACAUGACAGCCAAAGUGCAUUAUGAAAAACUAACAGCACAACUCCAGGAGCUGCACCAAAUUGUACCAAAAAGGGAGGAGAUAUUUUGUUAAACCUACUCUUGUUAUAUAAUACCUAGCAUGCAAUUUGAAUUUAAGUUAAACAGGUUAUGAAUCACCAGAGGGCUUUGUAUUACAUAAAAAUUAAAACAGCAGCUGUACUUGGAAACUUUCCAUUUCUCAGGAGAAGAAAGCUGCUGUCAGUCAAUCAGGAGCUCCAGUUUACAACAUGAGAGCUGACUAUCUAAAGUGUAGCUGAUAUAAAAACCAAAACACUGGUCUGAAAUGUCAAAAAUUAAGUUUGUAGAACAUAUUGCUUCAGUGAUGAUAAGUUGGGAAACAGACAUCUGUUCAUUUUAUAACUGCAAAAUAUUUCUUUUUAUCCAGUUAGUGUCAUUUAUUCUCACCAGAGCAGUUUGAAAAGUGUUUUUGACUUAAUUGCUGUUUUGGGUUCGAGCUUUGUGUUGGUUGAUCAUCUUUCAACAUUAUGUUUAUCUUAUUACAUCAGUAACAUACAGGUUCAAUUUCAGCAUUGGUUCUCUUUUUUCCAAGUACUACAGCUUUUACUGCAUAUUAGGAU